AUGGGAGAGGAAAGAGGAAGAGAUAGAGGGCUGGUUGGGCUUGAUGUUGGACCACAAAGGAGAGGAGGAUGGUUGGGCUUUGACCCAUGGCGAGAGCUAAGGCAAGGAGAAAAGGUAGAGGGGAAAGAGUUCAUGAGGAUGUUGCCCAAGGUGAGGAAAGAAGAGAAAGUCGAAUCAAGAUUAACUUGGAAGCUUGACAUUGUGAUGGAUGAUGGAACAGUAAUGUUUUGUUGUUCUGCUUUCUCUGUGGACAUCCAUUGUGAUGAUAUAUCCACUUCAAAGCUUUUGAAGGACUGGGCUUACCACAUGUUCUGUAAGAUUAUUGAUGGUGAAGGCAGGAUCUCUUUCUUAACUCUGCUUGUGCAUCUGAAAAAGAAGCUGCAGUUGCAGCUAACAGAAGAAGAGUUGAGGCUCAACAGCAUGUCUGUAAUAGAUGGUGAGGAAGAAAAUGAGGAUAUUUUAGAGAUGCGGCGAAAGCAACAAGAAUGGGUUCCUCCCAAACCGAAGCCUAAGUUAGCAGAAGUAGAGCUACAUGAUUGCACCCUGUUUCCAAUUCUUUGGGAGUCCUAG